GAGCUCCGACUUUCCGUUCUGAAGAUCACUGACGUCAUGAUUUUACUUCGUUUUUUCCGAGUUCCAGGGUGCGCUCGUAAAUUCAUCAGUUAUCCUGCGCUCUGGCACCCUCAGACGAGAGUGCUCUGAAAUCGGAGUAUAUAGCCAGAGUGAAUUUACGACCGCACCCCCAGUUGUCUUGAAAGCUAGCUCGUUGGUGUCGUCACGAUUACGCAUGUACCCACUGCUGCCGACACGACAGAAAACAUGGCGCUCGAGGAACCAAAUGGAGAUUUUCCAUAUUUACCUUCAGGGGCUGCGGAAGUAAACAAAAUGAUAAAGGAGAACGGUGACCUGUUUUCUGAUGCCCUGUGCAAAGUCUGCAGUGCUGUCCUGAAUUCUGACUCCCAGAAACUUGCACAUUAUCAGAGCAAGAAGCAUGCCAACAAAGUGAGACGCUACAUGAGCAUCCACAAAGAAGAGGAGCCCACCAUCAAAAGGUUCAAGUCGCCUUCGGGAGACAUGGCCAGCAGUAAUGGUGAGACGGACCGCUCCAAAGCCUGUCAUAUAUGUAACAUGACAUUCUCCUCUCCGGUGGUGGCUGAGUCCCACUACCAGGGCAAGGUGCACACCAAGAACCUGAGACUGAAGACCUUUGGCCACCAGCCCCCGGUAGCACUCCCUCAGGCCGUGGCCCCAGUAGUGAAAAAGAAGAAGAAGAAGGAAGCUCAGUCAGAGGAGGCUAGCAACGUGGCAUCGUCAGGCCCGGCCGAGGACGACCAGGGCAGCUUCUGUUCCAUCUGCCAUGCCUCGUUCAACAACCCCCUCAUGGCCAAGCAGCACUACGAAGGCAAGAAGCAUAAAAAACAGCUGACCCAGCAGAAGCUGAUGGAGACCUAUGGGCCGUCCACUGCACCAGCUUCCACAGUAAAGGGCUACCCAUGCACUGUAUGCAACAUCGAACUCAACUCUGUGGAACAGUAUCAGGCUCACAUCAGCGGCUCCAAACAUAAGAACCAUGUCAGAGGGAAGAAAUCGAGCAAUCCGACUUUCGUCAGCCCAUCGGAAAACAAGUACACAGUAGAAAACCAGCAGUCUGAGUACCAGUAUACGCCUGAAGCCGAACCAGUACAGGAGGACUGGGGCGCUUUCAGCCAAGACUACGAGUGACGAGACUCCCAGUACUCCCCCCCCACCAACCCACCACCACCACCACAGUUCACCAGCUACUGGUGUCCCUCAGUUAGGGCCAGGAGGAUCACCUGACCAGGAAAAACUCUAGGUCCUUGUUACAAUACAGGUUACAACUACGAUCCAGAGUUUUCCCUGUUCAUGUCAGGAAAGAUCCCUGGACAUAGGGCAGCCUAUAUGUGGUGUUCUUUCUUCUUUCUGUGGUGUUGUUGUAUCUGCCUCAUGGAUGAAUCUCAACUCCAGCUUUACAUCAUUCUGUCUACUCCAUGUCUAAAUCCCAGUACACGUAUUUGUUGGUUGUGUUUUCAGUCGGUCAGACCAGAGAGGAAUAGAGACUCCUGGACAUGUUAACUAUAAUUUCUGUUCAGUUCCAAAUGAUGUCAUAAAUAUUUCAAAUUCCAGACAUAAUACAGUACAAUGAAAUGACUGUGGACAGAAUUUCCCUGCAUAUUCUUGUCAUUGGUGCGAGGGACUUGCAGUAGUGUUCUGGGUCUAUGGGAAAUGUUUUUUAAACACUUUUUCCCCCCCCAUUUAGGCUCAUAUUCCUUGAGAGGAAAAACUCUGCAACAUAUCCUGUACAGAAAGUUAUUUCUAUAACUUUUACUCAUUCUAUUAAAGUAAUAUUUCUUUCAGUUUGCCGUUAGCAACAUGGAGAGUGACUUGGGAUGCGUUUUAUACAGGAAGCCCAAUUCUGAUAUUUUUCCACUAAUUAGUCCUUUGACCAAUCAGAUUGCUAUUUUGCCAAUAAUUGGACAAAAUAUCAGAAUUCUUCUGCCUGUGUAAAUGCAGCCUUUGAAGCUUAAAAAAAAUAUAUAUUAUACAUUUAAUUUUCUGCACCCAACAACCUCUGUGAGAACCUUCUAGAUUUAUGUAUAUUUUAAGUAAAAGACUGCCAAAUGAUGAGUACAUCCUAUAAUCGUUUUAUUAUAUGUACAUGGGCUUGUAUCAGUUUACAAACAGCGCUGUCAAGCUAACAAUAUGCUGCAGCAGAGAAGUAAUGUCAUAUUCUAACUGUGCUCUUUAUUAGGAAUGCGCUGUCGGUACCAGGGCUCAAAAAGCAAUGUAUUUGUGUUUGUUUAGUCACACAGGAAAAAGUAUAUGAAACAACUUACUUACAAUGUGAAAUAUACCUUUACUAGACAUCUGCUGUGGUAUGUCAUAGUUGUAGAAUUCAUGCAAUAAUAUUUUAUUGUAUAGUUGUCCAUCUGUGCUGGUAGGGUCAGGAAAGAUUGUCAGAAUGUUGGUCAACAUUUUGUGAGUCUGAUGGAUUGACACUUGAAUGGAAUUUGUCUGUGAUUGUAAAGGUCAUCUGAGGUUGUUUCAUCAGUGGUGGUGAAACUAAAAUAAGCUAUUUCAAAGGCUGUGUUUUGUUUAGUUAGUGCUGAUACUAUCUAUGUUUUUGCUGCAUUUAUUGAGAAGACAAAAUAUCUACUUGGACAUGGUUCAUAGACUGCCUGUAUCAGAUAAGUGAGGGAUUGAAUGUGCAGAAGCAUCAUAGCAGUCCCGGUGCAUUAGUUACUGACAGAUGGUAAAGGAUUCUAGAUUUUUACUUUAUUAUUUACUGUUUCAAAUGAAAGGGUGAUAUAUGGAUCUAUAAAGGCAUUAAUACAUAUUUUGAUUAAUGUUAAAAGCCCAUCCCCAGUAUUUCAUUUGUGACUAGUUGUUUUGGUUAUGUGCAAUUUUGUCAUGUCCUAAGAAUAGUUUUUUACAUCAGACAUGACAAGUUGGAUAUUUUAGUAUUGAAUGUGUGGCCCAGCCUUUGGUUGAAGAAACGUUGCAUUGAUUUUGGAUGUAAUUCAUUUGAGGGCUUCUAAAUACAUUGUAAAACAAGCAAAAACAUGGCCUUUUAUUUCAGACCUCAUUUUUGUUGUGUUAGCUAAUGUGUUGUACAUUGAGAUUUAUUUUCAAUAUAAACUAUGUAUGGCUUAAGAAGUGCUAGAAAACGUGUAUCUAGUUAAAAUAUUUGAACAAAAGUCAGAUUUCCUGUAUUUUUAUUCUUAAUUAUUCUAUUUACUCAAUGUAUUCAUCUCACACAUUUGUUUGCUCCUCAAUCACAUUACUGUACAUUGAAUUUGUGAGUUUUUAUGGGCUUGCCACUGUAUGGCGCACUUACUCCUUUAUAUCCUGAGCUGUAGAGACACUGGCUUGCUCUGUCUCGGAAGCCUCUCGCCAGGGUUGUACAUCAUACAGACAAGCAAACAUCCAGUGAACACUCAAAUUAUUUCUCAAGAACAGUUAAGCUUUUCAACAUGUUCUGUAUUGUUAUCACAUAAUUAUACACAUCCGUUUGUUUCAU